UUCCUUCGACCCAAUCCAUUUUAUUUUCCCCUUCAAAUUCCUUUCGGAUUCUUCGUUUCCAUUCCAUUCCAUUAUGGAGGUUAAGGGCCGUGCAGUUUCCACUUUAGUCUCUCGCCUCAGCUCCGUCUCCGAGCAAAUCCGAUGCGAAUCCUUGUCCGAGCUUCGAUUGAUGACCAAAAACGACGCCCAAAGCCGUUCUCUCAUCGUCCAUGCCGGUGCUCUUCCUUAUUUGUCUGAAACUCUGUAUUCCUCUUCUCACCUUCCCCAAGAAGACGCCGCCGCUACGCUUCUCAACCUCUCUAUAUCUUCGCGUGAAGCCUUAAUGUCCACUCACGGCCUUCUCGAUGCGAUUUCUCAUGUGCUUAGCCACCAUAAUUCCUCUUCCUCCUCCUCUGCUGUUCAAUCCUGUGCUGCCACUCUUCAUAGUCUUCUCGUUGUGGAUGAGUACCGCCCGAUUAUUGGUUCCAAGCGUGAUAUAAUCUAUUCUCUUGUUGAUAUUCUUAAGUAUAGGAAAUCUCCUCAGAGAUCCAUUAAGGAUGCUUUGAAAGCGUUGUUUGGAAUUGCGCUUCACCAGUCCAAUCGAUCUACUAUGGUAGAUCUUGGGGUGAUUCCGCCGCUAUUCUCUUUGGUUGUGGUCGGCGGUCACGCUGGGAUUGUCGAAGAUGCGUCGGCGGUGGUUGCGCAGGUGGCGGGAUGUGAAGAGAGCGAAUUGGCAUUUCGUAGGGUUUCUGGAUUGGGGGUUUUGGUGGAUUUGUUGGAUUCGGGGACUGGUUCGAGUUUGAGAACGAAGGAGAACGCGGUAUCGGCGUUGUUGAAUUUAGCUAAAUGGGGCGGCGAUAGGGCGGCGGAAGAUGUGAAGGAUUUAGGAUCUGGAAUCUUGAGCGAGAUUGCGGAUGUGGCUGUGAACGGCAGCGAGAAGGGGAAAACCAAGGCGGUGGAAUUGUUGAAGAUGGUUGCAAGUGGCGGCAUUGAUGGUAAAGUAUUUGACGAUUUGCAAUUGAAUCGUUUGAUAAAUCCAUGCUCUGAAUAGCUUCUUCUUUCACCUUGCUCUCUCUUUGAUUGAUAGAUUGAUCGAUUACUGCUUCUCCACCCUAUUUGUAUAACAUCAGAUUGAUUCUUUUCCCCUAGAUCGAACAAAUUCUAUGUACAAAUUAAAGAUAGAAAAUGAAAAUUCUACCUAUAUUCAUCAGCUGCAUUCCACAAGUUUUCAUGUAAUUGGAAAAUUUGAAUCUGUUGUGACUGAUCUUUGAUGUGUAACCUCUUCUUCCUAGAGCUUAUAUGGUUGAAGUUAAGUUUGAUGAACAUUGGAAGAAUCAACGAAUGAUUCAAUUUUUUACCAAUUUGCUGUGCUUAUUCAUUCCCAAAUUCCCA